AUCGAACGGACGGAGGAGAAGAAGGCGGCACCCAGCAGCUGCGGCUCCCCCCCCUCCCCCCGCCCGAGGACGGCGGCGGGGUGAAGCCCGGGACGGCGCCUCCCUGAGGAGGGCUGAGAAGGUGCAGGAGGGAGCUGACCCUGUUGAUCGUCCAUGGGUGCAUUGUGAGAUCUGAGCAAGAAGGUGGUUGUGAAGGAGUCUGAAAGCGUCCAGAUUAAAUUUUCUCAUUGGUGAUCACAGCGAUCUGACUGGUCGGAAGCUGGAUUCACGUUGCAGAAACCUGAUUUUCAGGUAGCAGUGGUGAUCUUCGCCUGGGAGAAUUUACUCUGGCUCAAAUCCACAGUGAUGAUCCCUGAGGCCAUAGCAUGCAUGGCAGAGUAUCAACAGCGCAGAGGUGAUGAGAGAGACUGAUGCUUAUCCAAGUCUCUUCCAGCUUGUUUUCAACUAUGGCUGUUGAUUCUGCAUAUUCAUUGGAUGGUAAUACAGGAUGUCAAGAGCAGCAGUAAGAGGUCGACUUGAUCCCAUUGUGUUUUUGUCGCCAUGACAACACCACACUACUAGCAACAGCCAGUUAACCAGCGAUCAAGGGAGGAGUUCGAUGAUUGAUUCUAAUUGGACCAAAAGUUGCAUUUGCAACAAGAAGGCUGGAGGCAGCCAUCGUCACGACAAGAAGAUGAAAUUUCCAUUCUAUUGGCCCCUUAUUAAGCAGGCACAAUAACAUUUUCUUUCAGAGACUUGCUAAUAAAAACUGUUUUGGUUAUGGCUACUGAUCCAACGUGAUUGGGCGCGCACCGACUCUCAGACUCAUGACUGGGUAUACCAUGUUGCGGAAUGGGGGAGUGGGGAACGGCGGCCAACCCUGGGUGUUACGAUGGUCCAGUCGGAUCCGGCUCACCUGGCUUAGCUUUACCCUGUUCAUCAUCCUCGUCUUCUUCCCCCUCAUCGCCCACUACUACUUGACCACCAUUGAUGACGCGGAUGAUGCCGGCAAGCGCAUCUUCGGCCCCCGCACCGGAAAUGAACUGUGUGAGGUGAAGCAUGUCCAGGACCUGUGCCGCAUCCGUGAGUCAGUCAGCGAGGAGCUGCUCCAGCUGGAGGCCAAGCGACAGGAGCUCAACAGCGAGAUCGCCAAGUUGAACCUGAAAAUCGAAGCCUGCAAGAAGAGCAUAGAAAACGCCAAGCAGGAUCUCCUGCAGCUGAAGAAUGUCAUCAGCCAGACUGAGCAUUCCUACAAAGAACUGAUGGCUCAGAACCAGCCAAAGCUCUCCUUGCCAAUCCGGCUGCUGCCAGACAAAGAUGAAGCUAACUUCCCUUUGCCAAAAUCCAACAGGAACUGCAGGCUGCACAACUGCUUUGACUACUCACGCUGCCCGCUGACAUCUGGCUUCCCAGUGUAUGUCUACAACAGUGAUCAGUACCCUUUUGGUAGCUCCUUAGACCCUUUAAUUAAGCAAGCCUUUGAGGCAACUGUCAGAACUAAUGUUUAUGUUACUGAAAAUGCAAACAUUGCUUGUGUGUAUAUAAUUUUAGUGGGGGAAAUGCAAGAGCCCAUAAUGCCAAAACCUACUGAACUAGAGCAACAGUUGCACUCUUUGCCAUAUUGGAGGACUGAUGGACACAACCAUCUCAUCAUUAAUUUAUCGAGGAAAUCGGAAACUCAGAACUUUAUCUAUAACAUCAGCACAGGGCGUGCCAUGAUUGCCCAAUCCACCUUUUAUGAUGUACAGUAUCGGCCAGGUUUUGAUAUUGUGGUAUCGCCUCUAGUCCAUGCAAUGUCCGAACCCAACUUCCUAGAGAUCCCACCCCAGGUGCCAGUAAAGCGAAAGUACCUAUUCAGUUUCCAGGGAGAGAAAAUAGAGUCUCUUCGAUCCAGCUUGCAAGAGGUUCGUUCAUUUGAAGAGGAAAUCGAAGGCAAUGCCCCAGCCGACUAUGAUGAUCGGAUCAUUACCACCUUGAAGGCUGUCCAAGACAGUAAGUUGGACUUUGUCUUGGUGGAAUUCACUUGUAAGAACCAGCCUAAGGCAAGUCUGCCCACUGAGUGGGCUCUUUGUGGAGAAAGAGAUGACAGAUUAGAGCUACUGAAGCUAUCUACUUUUGCACUGAUAAUCACACCAGGGGACACCCAUCUAUUGAUCUCUGCUGGGUGUACCAUGAGACUCUUUGAGGCUCUGGAAGUCGGAGCCAUCCCAGUGAUUCUUGGAGAACAAGUUCAGCUGCCCUAUCAUGAUGUGAUCCGGUGGAAUGAGGCAGCCUUAAUCAUACCAAAGCCACGUAUCACAGAAGUGCACUUUCUUCUGAGAAGCAUUUCUGACAAUGAUCUCCUUACCAUGAGGAGGCAGGGCCGCUUCUUGUGGGAGACCUACUUCUCCACCUCUGACAACGUAUUCAGUACAGUCUUAGCCAUCAUAAGGACUCGAAUUCAAAUCCCGGCUGCUCCUAUUCGAGAAGAAACUGCAGUGGAGAUUCCUCACCGCUCUGGCAAAGCUGCUGGUACUGACCCCAACAUGGCAGAUAACGGUGACUUAGACCUGGGGCCUGUGGAAACAGAACCACCCUAUGCAUCUCCCAAAUACCUUCGCAAUUUUACUCUCACAGCAAUGGAUAUCUACAGGAAUUGGAAUUCAGCUCCAGGACCUUUCCACCUCUUUCCACAUACACCCUUUGAUCCAGUUUUACCUUCAGAAGCUAAGUUCCUUGGGUCUGGGACUGGAUUUCGACCAAUUGGAGGAGGAGCAGGUGGCUCUGGGAAAGAGUUCCAAGCUGCCUUGGGUGGCAAUGUCCCAAGGGAGCAGUUCACAGUAGUCAUGUUAACCUACGAGCGGGAGGAAGUGUUAAUGAACUCCCUAGAGAGACUCAAUGGACUCCCUUACUUAAAUAAAGUUGUAGUAGUGUGGAACUCCCCCAAACUUCCGUCCGAAGACCUCUUGUGGCCAGACAUUGGUGUCCCAAUCAUGGUUGUCCGCACAGAAAAGAACAGUCUGAACAACAGGUUCCUGCCAUGGGAUGAGAUCGAGACAGAGGCCAUUCUGUCUAUCGACGACGACGCCCACCUUCGCCAUGACGAGAUCAUGUUUGGGUUCCGAGUCUGGAGAGAGGCAAGGGACCGCAUUGUUGGAUUCCCUGGGCGAUACCAUGCGUGGGACAUCCCCCAUCAAUCCUGGCUCUAUAACUCGAACUACUCUUGUGAACUGUCCAUGGUGCUGACUGGUGCUGCCUUCUUUCAUAAGUACUACGCCUACCUAUAUUCUUACGUGAUGCCACAAGCCAUCCGUGACAUGGUAGACGAAUACAUCAACUGUGAGGAUAUUGCCAUGAACUUUCUAGUCUCUCACAUCACAAGGAAACCACCCAUCAAGGUGACCUCGCGCUGGACCUUCCGCUGCCCUGGCUGCCCUCAGGCCCUUUCGCAUGACGACUCGCACUUCCACGAGCGGCACAAGUGCAUCAACUUCUUUGUCAAGGUGUACGGGUACAUGCCCCUCCUGUACACCCAGUUUCGUGUGGAUUCUGUCCUCUUCAAGACCCGCCUGCCCCAUGACAAGACUAAAUGCUUCAAAUUCAUUUAGGAGGGGGUUACUGAGGGGUCCCUUCAGCACUCUGGACCUGGGCGAGAGGCUGGGGGAUCUUUGCCGGGUUCCGAGCGAGAAAAGCCUCCAGUCUGGACAGUGAUGCAAAGCAAAAGGAAAAUCUUGGAUUCUAAUCAAUGAUUUUUACCCACCCACCCCAGGGUAACUGCACCAAGUGAAAUGGAACUGGACUAUAUGACCUGUGUGAAGACACUUACUAGGAUCAUACACUGAGGAAAUGGAGACUUUGGUUAGUAGCUCAGCUAGUCCGUUAGCCAAGGGCCACCAUUUUUUAAAUUCUUGUUAUUUAAAAUGAAAGUGUUUUAGAUUUGCCGCGUGAGGCUUUUUUUUUUUAAGCCUGCCAGUCUGUCCUGUGGGGGGAGAACUAUGUAGGAGAGAACAUGCUGUGGAGGGGCCUGGCUCAGGAGAGGCAAUUCCCAGUCCCCAAGCCACUCCUGGGUGUGUCGAUUGUCCUCUGUGCUAACUCAUUUCGGGGCAGGGGUACAGUCACUUUCCCCUCCCAAGUUAUAACGAUCCGGCCCAAGCAGCUGGCCGUGCCCCUCAGGUGUGAUGCUUCUGGUCUAUCUUCCUCUCUGGCUACUGAGGCCUUUCAGGUGUCACACUGAUGAGCUCCCCUCCCCCGGCAGACCCCCACCACCCUCCCCACCCACCGCCUUCACGUCACAGCCCAGAGAGGGAAGAGCGGGGAGGGGGGGUCCAGAGGUUCCCUCCCCAGCUGCCUUUCCCUCUUCCUAGCACCAGAUUGACAAGGGGGCAUCAUUCACCUGCCCUCCAGAUGGCUUCAGCUGCCACACUCUGUCCAGGGAUUCGGUUACCGCUGCACACACUCAGCCUACACUUGACGUUCCAAGCCCAGUUCCUCUCCGCCCUGGUCUCACUCAUUUCCCUUCCUGCUCCUCGCUACUCGAACACUAUUAACCUUCACCCACUCCGACAGCCUGGGAUCCUAUCUGGGGAUCUUAAACAUUGCUCCUGUGGUGACAGCCGUCUGCAAUAACCAGGGUGGGUGUGUUCUGGGGCCCUGUGGUUUUCUGUAACCUGCUUAGUCGUAAAGGGAGCUUGGUUUCAAUUCUCUCUAUGUUGGCCUUUUAGCAAGGACAUCAGGAAUGUUCCCCAUCCUGUAGGGGCCUCGUUUGCUGGCGCUGGAGAUCUGUGCCAAGAAUGGCACGAGAUUCGCUCCAAAGGGUCCGUGGCGUCAUCGUAAACUGAGUAAAAAAGGCAGGUGCUGCUCAUUCAAAACACUGAGGGGGAUGGUCACGCACCCAAGCCAGGCAGGAGCAGCUUCUUCCCCAGGGUGGUUAAAGGGAGAGCUGGCCACUGCUUUGCUAGGAGGCGCAUGGGGAGGCAGGCGGUGUUUGUUAGAGGGGACGUCCACACUGGAAUAAAAGACUUGCAGCGUGGCCAUGGCUGGCCCAGGUCAACUGACUGGGGCUUGCGGGGCUCAGGCCGCAGGGCUGAACGUUGCUGUGUAGAGGUUUGGGCUCAGGUGGGAGUCCAGGUUCUGGGAUCCUCCCCUCUCGUGGGCUCCCAGAACUCGGGCUCCAGCCCAAGCCCAAACGUCUGCAGAGCAAUUUUAGAGCCCCGCAGCCAGAGCUGGCUGGCCCAGGCUGGCUGUGGGUGUUUAAUUGCUGUGUAGAUGCAGUCAGAGAGGCUGGAUUCGGUGGGAGGCACCGGUGGUGGUGAGCAGGCUUCCCAUUGCCCUGCCCCUCAGAACUGCGGGCUCAGAUUCAGUAGGACUUGCAGUGCUGCUCCUUUUGGGAUUGUGUCAAAUGCAGCUCUGGUCUUCAUGGGACAGCAGGGAGAGAAUAAGCCCUCUGAGCGUUACACAAACUGCCAGGAGGACCUAAAGCGAAGUACCAGCAGGACUGGCUGCUUUACAAGACCACACCUGCCAUGAUGUGCUCACUUGCCUACACCCCCCACGGCAGUCAGAUAAGACUGGCGUGGGCUUCGGUGUUCCUGCUUUAAAAUCUCCCCUCCUACACGCAUGCACACCCGCCACUGCCACAGCAGGGCUGUCUCACACACACACACACACACACACACACACACACACACACACAGUGCCGCAGCAG